AUGGAAGACGAAGUCCAAUCGCCGCCCGACCACAAGCUUUGCGGUUACCUCUGUGCUGUCCUCGCAUUCCCCCGCGACGCCUCUAUUCCUCCCCACUCGGUUUGCCGCCUCGCCGGCGACCUUCCAGAUGUACACUUCCUGGCCCAGGACGGCGCCCGCUUGAACCCCAUUGCCAAAGCCCAAGCACUCGCGACGCCGUCCUCGAAAAAGAGGUGGAGUAGAAUUGGGAUGGUCCACGGAUCGAUUAGCGUGGUUCACCAAUUGGGCACCCUCGUGGCUCACAAAUGCUUGAGAAUUGUGGCCCGAAUCGUGAAUGUCUCGCCGGCGCCAGAGGGUGGGUGUGAAGAAAUUAGAGGUGUGGUGUUGGUGGAUGUGUACCUGCCCAUUAGGCUGUGGUCUGGGUGGCAGUUCCCUCGUUCGAGUUCCACGGCCGCAGCACUUUUCAAACACUUGAGCUGUGACUGGGAAGCUAGAAGCUUGAUGCUUACAUCUCAAAGUGUGGAUAGUGGUGGCAUUUGGAAUGUGCCAGACUGUCAUGUGCUUGGCUGUAUGCUGCAUUGUAGUGUGCCCGACAAUUCCAAGAAAAAAAAGCUUUUUGAACUCCAGGAAAUCUUUGAGAGUUUACCCUGUGUGACAAAGAAGGUAGAUUGUGAUGGAGGAACAGGAGUAAAACCAGCAGAAGCAUCCGACAAGUCUGGUAUCUGGGUGCUUUCAGAUGAUCUUUUGAUUAAUAUUUUGAAUAUGCUAUGCCCGGUCGACCUUCUUAAGAUUUCUCUAACAUGCCAUCAUCUAAGGUACUUGCAAACAGCAAUCAUGCCAUGUAUGAAACUUAAGUUGUAUCCUCAUCAGCUGGCUGCAGUUGUGUGGAUGUUACAGCGUGAAAGGGAUCCUGAAGUCAUGAGACAUCCUCUGUAUAUGGAUUUCAUAACCGCUGAUGGGUUUGAAUUCAAUAUGAAUAUGGUUUCUGGUGAAAUUGCCCCCGGUGUAGCUUGUACGGUUAGGGACUUUCGUGGGGGAAUGUUCUGUGAUGAACCUGGAUUAGGGAAGACUAUUACUGCCCUAUCACUUGUUCUGAAGACGCAAGGAACUAUGGCAGAACCCCCAGAUACAGUACAGGUGAUCUGGUGCAUGCAUGAUGGGAAUCGUAGGUGUGGAUAUUAUGAAGUCAGUGCGGUCAAUAUAACCAGGACCAGUUUUUCAAAUAUUGACACACCUGUGGUGAAGAAAGCUCGCAGGGGAAGAUUAUCUUUAGAUGAACUUACCCCAGACAUGAUAUGCAGUGGCGCUGUUUCAAAUUCCUCCAGGCUUCUUGGUUGCACGGAGCAAAAGCUGGAAUCCGCUGUUGUGCGUUCCAGUAGGGGCUGGGCUAGUGCUAGAAAAAAUCUUUUGGAUGCGUAUGAGGAGCCGCCUUUCACUUCUGAGAAAUGCUCUAAAAAAAGGAAGCUAGCUGAUAAGGGCCGAAAACAGAGAUCUUUGGGCAACAAAGUUGCUUCAUCCCGUGCUAUAUCAUUCACUAGAAAAUCAGAUAAGGAGAUGGCGUAUGAUGCAGAGUGUAAUGAAACUUGGGUUCAGUGUGAUGCUUGUAGCAAGUGGCGGAAGCUAGCAAAUGGAGUUGUCGCCAAUGCUUCCACAGUGUGGUUUUGUAGCAUGAAUAGAGAUCCAUCAUACCAAAGUUGUGAUGUUCCUGAAGAAUCCUGGGAUUUUAAAGGAUCUAUUACAUACCUACCUGGAUUUCGUACCAAAGGAUCCUCUGGUGCCGUGGAAGAAAAUAUAUCCUUUUUUACUGGUGUGUUAAAGGAACACCACACCUUGAUCAACUCGGAGACAAGAAAAGCCUUGACUUGGUUAGCUAAACUUUCAUCAGAUAAACUUGCUGAAAUGGAAACAACUGGGUUGGUGAGCCCAACUGUGGGCACGUCUCUGUUUGAUACUAGGGUUGCUCGCGAUUAUCACAAAGUAUUCCGAGCAUUUGGCCUUGUAAAAAGAGUUGAAACGGGUGCGUUGAGGUGGUUCUAUCCAAAAGGUCUUAGGAACCUUUAUUUUGAUUUGGAUUCCCUCCGAAUUGCUCUCUGCGAGCCAUUAGACUCGGUUAGGUUGUAUCUGUCAAGUGCAACUUUGAUUAUUGUUCCCUCGAAUCUGGUUGAGCAUUGGAAAACUCAGAUUGAAAGGCAUGUCAGCCCAGGUCAGUUGAGAGUCUAUACAUGGGGUGAUCAAAAGAAGAAACCUUCUGUCCACAAUUUGGCUUGGGAUUACGAUGUCGUAAUUACUACCUUCAGUCGAUUGAGUGCUGAGUGGAGUCCCCGUAAAAAAAGUGUCCUAAUGCAGGUUCACUGGCUUAGAGUCAUGUUGGACGAGGGGCACACUCUUGGCUCAAGUCUCAAUUUGACCAACAAAUUACAAAUGGCGUUGUCGUUGACUGCCACAAGUCGCUGGUUGUUGACGGGUACUCCAACUCCCAACACUCCUAACAGUCAGUUGUCUUAUCUCCAACCAAUGCUGAAGUUUCUCAAGGAAGAGACAUAUGGGCAGCAUCAUAAAUCUUGGGAAGCAGGUAUCAUCAGGCCAUUUGAGGCAGAAAUGGAGGAGGGCAGGUCUCGUUUGCUGCAGUUGCUUAACAGGUGCAUGAUUAGUGCAAGGAAGAAAGAUCUAAAAGCAAUCCCACCUUGCAUAAAAAAAGUAACUUUUGUGGAUUUCUCUGAAGAGCAUGCAAAAAGUUAUAAUGAAUUGGUAGAAACAGUUCGGCGUAAUAUUUUAAUGGCGGACUGGAAUGAUCCAUCUCAUGUUGAGAGUCUAUUGAACCCAAAACAGUGGAAAUUUCGGGCUACAACAAUAAAAAAUGUAAGGUUAUCCUGCUGCGUGGCUGGACACGUCAGAGUAGUGGAUGCUGGCCAAGAUAUCCAAGAAACUAUGGAUAUACUAGUAGAAAAUGGUCUUGAUCCUAUGUCCCAGGAAUACGGUCUGAUAAAGUACAAUCUCUCAUAUGGUGGCAACUGCAUGAGGUGCAAUGAAUGGUGCCGUUUACCCGUCAUUACACCUUGUAGGCACCUUUUAUGCCUUGUUUGUGUUGCUUUAGAUAGUGAAAGGUGCCCGUUUCCUGGUUGUGGUAGCACAUAUGAAAUGCAGAGUCCGCAAGAAUUAGCGCGUCCAGAGAAUCCUAGUCCCAAGUGGCCAGUGCCAAAGGAUCUCAUUGAGCUACAACCUUCAUAUAAACAGGAUGACUGGAAUCCUGAUUGGCAGUCAACAUCGAGCAGCAAAGUUACAUAUUUAGUUGAGCAGUUAAAGGAAUUGCAAGAAACUAAUAGGAGGAAUAUUGGGUACCCCAUUGACGAUAGUGAGGCUAUGUCUAGCGAGUUGAAUUUUUCCUCUGACAGUAGCAUACCAGUAGAGAAGGAGGCUGGCCUUAUGUUAGGAGAUGAACAGAGCCCUAUUCCUCUGGAGAAAGUCAUUGUUUUUUCCCAGUUUCUGGAGCAUAUACACAUCAUUGAACAACAGUUAAGCAUUGCAGGAAUUCAAUUUGUUGGAAUGUACAGCCCAAUGCUCACUAACAUUAAGAUGAAAUCAUUAACGACUUUCCAGCAUGAUGCAAAUUGUAUGGUUCUGUUGAUGGAUGGAAGUGCAGCUCUAGGUCUUGAUUUAAGCUUUGUGACUCAUGUCUAUCUGAUGGAACCUAUAUGGGAUAAAAGCAUGGAGGAGCAGGUUAUUAGUCGUGCUCAUCGAAUGGGCGCUUCGCGUCCUAUUCAUGUGGAAACUUUAGCAAUGAGUGGCACAAUUGAAGAGCAGAUGAUGAAAUUUUUACAGGAUGGCAAUGAAUGCCGAAGGCUUCUGAAGGAUGAGUCCGGCAUAAAUGACCUCGAGGGGGCACGAUCUUUUCGGACAUUACAUGAUUUUGCUGAGAGCAAUUACCUGGCUCGUCUAAGAUUUGUGCGAACUACUUCAAGGACAUAA